UCAUUAAGUUUAUAAGAUUAAAUAACUACCUUGUUUUUUAGCGAAGUUUAAUAACUUAUGUUUCAAAUAAUUUGUAGUAUAAAGCUUCACGGACGUUACUUCAAUAUCGUCACAAAUAAUACAUCUCAAAACCUUUGGAUUUCUCUCCUCUCUUUAAGAUUGAGCUUAUAUAUACGUAAUAUCAUUUCGUUGAAUUAAUUUUAUUCCUAUUAACGACGGACUUAUACAUAUACUUCGUAUAAAGUUAUAGGACAAAUCAUAAAAUGUGGAGGUUGAAGAUAGCACAAGGGGCAAAUGAGCCUUACUUAUUUACUACCAACAACUUUAUGGGGCGUCAAACUUGGGAGUUUGAUCCCAACUAUGGCACCCCCGAAGAAAGAGAGGAAGUUGAAGAAGCUCGUCGUAACGACUAUGAAAAACGCUUUCAAGACAAGGCUUGUGGUGAUCUUAUGUGGCGUCUUCAGUUCCUAAGAGAGAAAAACUUCAAGCAAACGAUACCUCAAAUGAAGGUAGGUGAUGGGGAGGAGAUCACAUACGAGACCGCCUCGACGACCAUAAAGAGAGCUGCUAGUUACCUCAUAGCUUUGCAAGCUGAAGAUGGCCAUUGGCCAGCUCAAGCUUCUUUUCCUCAAUUUUACCUCCCUCCUUUGGUAUUUUGCUUAAACAUAACAGGACAUCUAAAUUCUACUUUCUCAACUCAACACCAAACUGAAAUUUUUCGGAGCAUUUACAAUCAUCAGAAUGAAGAUGGAGGUUGGGGAUUUCAUUGUGAAGGACAUAGCACCAUGUUUUGUACCGCGCUCAACUACAUUUGUUUGCGGAUACUUGGUGUAGGACCUGAUGAAGGUGAUGACAACGCGUGCCCUAGAGCUCGUAAAUGGAUACUUGACCAUGGUAGUAUUACACAUAUUCCUUCUUGGGGAAAAAUUUGGCUCUCUGUAAUUGGUUUGUAUGAUUGGUCGGGAUGUAAUCCGAUUCCACCUGAGUUAUUGCUCUUUCCAUCCGCUUUUCCAAUGCAUAUAGGUAAAAUGUGGUGCUACAUUCGAAUGGUAUUUAUGCCAGUGUCUUAUUUGUAUGGGAAAAGAUUUGUGGGUCCAAUUACACCACUAAUUAUGCAGCUUAGAGAAGAACUCUACAAGGAACCUUAUAACCAAAUUAGUUGGAGUAAAGCUCGUCAUGCAUGUGCUAUGGAAGAUCUCUAUUACCCUCACCCAUUGAUCCAAGAUUUGUUUUGGGUCACUCUUCAUUACUUUGUGGAGCCUUUACUUACUCGAUGGCCCCUAAACAAGUUGUUUCGAGAGAAAGCUUUGGAGGUUACUAUGAAGCACAUACAUUACGAAGACGAAAAUAGUCGUUACAUAACACUUGCAAUUGUUGAAAAGGUGCUAUGUAUGAUGGCAUGUUGGGUGGAAGAUCCCAACGGAGAUUAUUUUAAGAAACAUCUUGCUAGAAUUCCUGAUUAUAUUUGGAUAUCUGAGGACGGAUUAAAAGUGCAUGGAAUUGGGAGCCAACAAUGGGAUUGUGGAUUAUCCGUCCAAGCAUUGGUAGCUUCAAAUCUAGGUCUUGAUGAAAUUGGACCCGCUUUGAAGAAAGCUCAUUUCUACAUCAAAGAGUCACAGAUAAAGGACAAUCCAUCGGGAGAUUUCAAGAGUAUGUAUCGACACAUCUCGAAAGGAGCUUGGGCUUUCUCUGAUCGAGAUCAAGGUUGGCAAGUUUCUGAUUGCACCGCUGAUAGCCUUAAGUGUUGCUUAAUCUUAUCAACAAUUCCCUCGGAGAUUGUUGGAGAAAAGAUGGACAUUGAGCGUAUAUUUGACUCCGUCAAUUUUUUGCUUUCUUUACAGAGUAAAAAUGGAGGGGUUACUGGUUGGGAGCCGGCGAGAGGUCAAAAAUGGUUAGAGAUCUUAAAUCCUACGGAUUUAUUUGCCAACGUUGUUGUCGAGCACGAGUACGUGGAGUGUACAAGUUCGACAAUUCAAGCUCUAGUAUUGUUCAAGAAUAUAUACCCAAGCCAUAGGAAGAACGAGAUUGAAACUUUCAUCACAAAGGCAACCGAAUUCAUUGAGAACUCUCAAUGCCCUAAUGGAUCUUGGUAUGGAAGUUGGGGGAAUUGCUUUACAUAUGGGACAUAUUUGUCUCUUAGAGGGCUAGUAGCAGCAGGAAAGAGAUACGAUAAUUGUGUAGCCAUAAGAAAGGGUGUUGAAUUUCUUCUCGCAACACAAAAGAUAGAUGGUGGCUGGGGUGAGAGCUACCUUUCAUGUACCAAGGAGGAAUUUGUGCCACUAGAAGGAAACUCCAAUGUGGUCCAGACUGCAUGGGCUUUGAUGGGUCUACUCCAUGCUGGUCAGGCGAAGAGGGACCCUAUUCCUCUACAUCGGGCAGCAAGACUUAUGAUCAAUUCACAACUAGAAAAUGGUGAUUUUCCACAACAGGAAUCAACGGGAACAUCCUUGAAGAAUUGCAUUUUACAUUAUCCAAUGUACAGGAAUUAUUAUCCAUUGUUGGCACUUGCUCAAUAUAGAAAGCUUGUUCCAUUACCUUGAAUCAACUCCUUUGGAAAAAAAAAUUAAAAUUUAUCUCAAAGGAAACUAAAGAUUUCACAAUAACUAUUAUGUAGAUAUGUAUGUGCUAAUGCACAAGAUGGUUAAUCUCUUUGUUCCUAUUUGUUAUUCUUGUUUGAAAUCUUUAUGGAUUCAAUUGCAAAUUGUAUAUAACAUCUUGAUAAACAUAUAUGAAUAAAAAUAUACUCAUGUGAAGUC